GAGAAACACACUCGGCGCUGAAUUCAGUUUAAAACGUUUCUCUUUCAAAUCCACCUUUUUGAGGGUGAAUGUAAACGCCGCUGCGCUCCACUCGGAGCUGGACUCUUUGUAGAUGGAAGAGAGGCAGAAAUAAGUGGAUCAUGACUUCAAGCCUAAUGAGAGGAACUGGGCGUGUGUGUGUGUGUGUGUGUGUGUGUGUGUGUGUGGCGUCUGCUCGGUCUCUGUGGGGCAUCAGGCUGAGAAAACUCCUGGAGCAUGUUGACGAUUAACAAUCGGACAAAUCAUUAUAUUGGAAAAGCACUGCUGACGUGAAAGGAUUCGCACAGAAUGAUUUCUGCUCUUCUAUGACGCAAACGUUUUACUUUGGUUUCCCAAAUGUUGAUAAAAACGAUGCUUCCUAAGCUGGACACCUGACAUCUUGUCUUAAAAUGCGAGAGGAUGGACAGCGCAGCCAGCCCCGCGUCAGAGUCCAGUCUCUCCAAUGGAUUUGUCAAUAGCAUGUUCAACAUUUCAGUCGACGAAGAGAGCAAAGGCGAUAUCUCAUGGAUCCCGGAGUGCAGUUCCUCAGACUGCAUUAUUCCCGUUCAGACUCUCAGAAGAGAGAAGCAGGAGCCGGUGCGGCGCUCCAGGACGGCGGCCAUCUGGAGGAUCCUUCAGCGCCGUAAGACCCCCUCGGAGCUGGACAGACGCCCGCACUCCGUCAUCCUCCCCGGGGAAGCCUCCUUCCUCAAACUCUCCAUCACCAACAAAGUCAGGUCCUUCAAGAAGCUAAAGUCCCCGUCUGUUUUUCGAGGAAAAGCCGGUAAGGUUUCCGGCGUCGACCUCAAAGACGAGGCCGAUGAUGUGCAGAUGUGCAAGGACUCUCCUUCUUCAGACUUCAAGCAUGUGUUUAGGAAUAAAGCCAAGAGACAUUCGUUCGCGGGACACACUGCAGACUUCUACUGCUCAUUUGAGGACGUCUCUCCCGCUGGAGCACCAGACAACUUCCAGCAGGAGACCAGAAACACUGUCAGCAACCAGAACGGGUGUAAGUUCUCAGAAAGGGUCAUUUAUACAAAGAAAUCUCAUCCCAAUUACAACAAUUCGACAGAACAGGAAGACAGCUGUGUGAAGCAAAGCCUCAAGAUACCUCAAAGAAGACGCUGGUCCCGGGGCGGUGACGUAUUGAAUUACUUGAGAAGAAUUUCACUCAAAGGAAAAGGAAGUCAGACUCUGGCAGAGAGUAGUUUUGAGUCAAUGAAUGCUUUGGACAAAACCAUUGAUUCUGACUACGGCUCGGUCAACUUCGAACUGGUCAAGGAUUUGAACUCUACACCCGAACAAACAGGGAUCGAUGGCAAGAGCAGCCAUUUCCGAGGCCUACUCAGAUUUUUCAACAGCGUGGCCGAGACUGCAAUGAAAUGGAGAAACUCGUCGCGCUCUUUCUCCCCCCCUGAAGGACAGCAGUCGCCUCUCGGCUUAAGAAAGACACAGGAGACCAGAGAACUCCUGCCUUUGACGGUCAGGAGCGAGCACAAAGCAGAUACCUCAGAUCACGAUAAACCCGCGUUAUCUGCGGUCUCGCCUGUCAAUGCCAUGGUGGACUGCUCUCCUCCGGUGGUGCUGAAGGCCUGGAGAACGUGCCCAGACUCCCCGAGAGAUAACAGCUCUCUGUGUAAUAACUCAGACGAAUCGCAGUCCCAGCUCAGCUCCACUCACAUCUCUCUAGCCACCAUCGAGAGCCACCCGAGAUACGAAGAACCAGAGCCACCGAAAGACACACAGACUGGCUUUGAAAACACAGAAAUCCUGCAUCACUCAUCCAGCAAAGCUGUUGAUGAAAACCAAGAUGUUUGCACGGAUAGGAAGAAGACAAACUGCCCGGAGGACAUAUUUAAGACGCUGUCGCGGCCCCGGGGCCAGUCUCCCGCAGACCCUCCUCUCAGAGCCCUGCUCCAGCGCUGCCGCUCUCUGCCGCUGCCCAGUGCUCUGUCCGGCCUGGAGCCCAUCGCCCUCUCACACAUCCUCACUCCUCCAGCUAAAUCUGUGGUUCUCCGCAUGAGGAACAGCAGCACAGGACCUAACCGACGGAAGCGCUUUAGAUCAGGAUCUGGACCGCUGCAUGUUAACAUGCUGAUCAGCGGCGGCUCAGUGGUCAGCGCCGAGGCGGUAUGGGAUCACGUGACCAUGGCCGAGAGGGAGCUGGCCUUCAAGGCCGGGGACGUCAUCAAGGUCCUGGACGCCUCCAAUAAAGACUGGUGGUGGGGUCAGAUGGAUGACGAGGAGGGCUGGUUCCCCGCCAGCUUCGUGAGGGUUGAUCCCCACCCUCCUCAACCUUACACAAAACCAGUUUUCUAUAUCAACCCUAUAGCAACUCCAAGGUUCCAUAACACAACAGCAAAGCUGUGGGUUAACCAGGAAAAUGCGGGCACAGAGUCGUCCGAGGGUGCUGGCGAGGUGCAGAACGGACACAGCGACCCCGGCAACGGCUGCCUGUGCAUCGGUCAACCCCUGCAGAACCGAGACCAGAUGAGGGCCAACGUCAUCAACGAGAUCAUGAGCACGGAGCGCCACUACAUCAAACACCUGAAGGACAUCUGUGAGGGAUACUUGAGGCAGUGCCGAAAGAGGAUUGACAUGUUCAGUGACGACCAGCUGAAAGUGAUUUUUGGGAACAUCGAGGAUAUCUACAGAUUUCAAAUGGGAUUCGUGCGGGAUUUGGAGAAACAGUACAACAUCGAGGAGCCCCAUCUCAGUGAAAUUGGGCCGUGUUUUCUGGAACAUCAAGAUGGUUUCUGGAUCUAUUCUGAGUACUGCAACAACCACCUGGACGCCUGCAUGGAGCUGUCCAAGCUGAUGAAGGACGGCCGCUAUCAGCACUUCUUCGAGGCCUGCCGCCUGCUCCAGCAGAUGAUCGACAUCGCCAUCGACGGAUUCCUCCUGACCCCGGUGCAGAAGAUCUGCAAGUAUCCUCUCCAGCUGGCCGAGCUGCUCAAGUACACAGCACAGGACCACAGUGAUUACCGUUAUGUGGCAGCAGCUCUCGCUGUCAUGAGGAACGUCACUCAGCAAAUCAACGAGCGCAAAAGAAGACUGGAGAACAUCGACAAGAUCGCUCAGUGGCAGGCGUCGGUGCUGGACUGGGAGGGUGAUGAUAUUCUGGACAGAAGCUCAGAGCUGAUCUACACGGGCGAGAUGUCGUGGAUCUAUCAGCCGUAUGGACGCAGCCAGCAGAGAGUCUUCUUUCUGUUUGAUCAUCAGCUGGUCCUGUGCAAAAAGGACAUGAUCCGCCGGGACAUUCUUUACUACAAAGGGCGCAUUGACAUGGACCGCUACACGGUGAGAGAUGCCAUCGAUGGACGGGACGACGACUUUAACGUCAGCGUGAAGAACGCCUUCAAGCUGCACAACAGAGACAGCGAGGAGAUCCACAUCUUCCUGGCCAAGAAGCCCGAGGAGAAGAUCCGCUGGCUCAGGGCUUUCCACGAGGAGCGCAAGAUGGUCCAGGAGGACGAGAAAAUCGGCUUUGAGAUCUCUGAAUACCAGAAACGGCAGGCGGCCAUGACGGUGCGUAAAGUGGCCAAACAGAAAGGUGUGAGCCAGAGCAGGUGCGUGUCCCCGGCGGACCCCUCGCUCCACGACGACCCUCUGCACUCAGACCUAGUCGACUUCCACGUCUCCAAAUCAGGACCGUCUCCUUUCUGGCAGAACUUCAAUAAGCUGGCGUCGCUAAAGAACGGCAAAAAGUAGUCUGCUGGAGUGCAUUCACAAUCAUCUGGACAUCACUGACAAUCACUGAGCGCCGCGUGGUGCUCCUCGACUCAGAGACCAAACAGGGUAUUGCUUUCUGACUGACGGAGAGGACUUUGAAAACAGCAUUAUUCCUAGAGUUAGUGAAGAAGAACCUCCUCGGUCGCUGUAUACUCACUGAACUCAUUUCAUAUGAUAAAUAGAGAUGUUUUUGUAUGUCUAUAAAAGGUCAAGUAGAUUUUUGAAUUCGCCUCCAAAGGGGCUUAUUUUUGAUUGUAUUAAAUGAUUCCAUGAACACUCUGUAGUAAGCACACCCAAACAUCCACACGCUCUGGAUUUGAUGUUUUUCUGUUGGUGUCGUUGUCGUUGUCGUUGAUUUGUAAUAGCUACACUAAAUACUAUACUAUUUAUUAUCGUAGUGACUGGAGAAGAGCGAGCGGCUGUUUAUCGGUGCUGUCUGGAGAUCAGUCGGGACUCAACAUGUAUGCUGUUAUGUAUAUAUAGAUACACACACGUGCAUGUUUAUAUUUCAGAACAAAACAUAUGUUUACAUAUUAAAUAUAUUUAUAACAUUAAGUAUAUGAGAACUAAUACAGAGAUGUACAUACGUGUAAAUACUUUCCGCGUGUACUGUAUAUGUGUGUAUUUAUAUAUUCAUAAUAAAUGAACACGGCGUUCAGUGGUGACUGAUCCGCUGACAGCACUGGUUCAGACAGGUCCAGGAGCUAGAAGAAAUCAUUUCUACUGGACACCAAGGCCACUGAACCUCGUCUUGGUUCUCCACCAGGUUCCUCGGAGAACACGGGAUGUGUUUGUAGGAUGUGAGCUCACGUGAUUAACUCGUGACUAUAUAAUCUAAUCUAUCGGUGUUCGGUGAUAAUGCACUUCCUUAGUUCCUUUCUUAUGAAUGUUUAGUAUGAAUUUACAUUUUGUCAGCUGUAAUGAUGUGCUACGUUUUCAAGUAAAGAGUGAAAAUGAAGUUUUAAUUUAAACGCCUGCAUACAGGUUUCACAAGGCCACACAGAAGAGCCCAAAGCAUCGCUCUCUCACGUCAGAAACGAGCGUUAGCCGCAGUCAUGAUGUUCCACUAGAGUGAAAUUAUUUGUAUGUUUGAAUAUGAUCGAGCUCGACAGCAGAACACUGGUUAAUAAAGUGAUAUUAAACACA